GCGCAGCUGAAGCGGUGAACCGCACCUCACGGAAAGCCGUUUCUUGCACAACGCUUCUUUCGUGAUCUGCUUGUGCACAUUUUUUUUUGUUGGUUUCUCUCAAAGGCCCAUCCGCUGUUGCGCGUGUUUGCCUUCCCUAGUUGCUAUAGAUCCCAUACAGUGAAAGUGAACGCAAGGAAGAAACUUCCUUCGCGUGUUCCGCGUUGCUUUCCCGCGCCCACACAUAACGACAAUGCCUCUCAAUCGCAGUACGCGUGACGGCGCGCUCAAGACGGAAGAAAAGGCGUUCAGGUCGUCCGAGACGUCGAGCACCAUGACCACCGACCCCAGCAGCGACAGCGACGACUCCAGCACCGUUGGAUCCUCGGGCAGCGACUCCUCCAACAGCUCCUCUUCUUCUAGCGACGCUUCCCCCAAUGAGACCCGACGUCCGGCGGCUUCGCCCACCACUACCGCCACAAAUAAUACAACGUCAGGCGGUACCACGGCCCAAGCGUCGCAGCAGCACUACGUGCACUUAAACCCCGACCUGCGGUUUGAGCGACCGGACAACGAGUACAUCCCCCUGCCGCCCUUGCGUGAUAUGCAGCAGGUGCCGACGGUGCUUCGACGCAUCAGCGUGGACAAGCAGCGCUACCCGGAGGGGCGGCAUCGCAUGCUCGACUACUUCCGGGUGGCGGUGGAGAUGUUCGUGACGGAGGUGCGGCGGGAGUACCGCCAGCAGUACCUCUCCGCGCAGAAGAACGGUAAAGCUAUGCAGCGCUUCACCUGGAAAAACAGCGGGGAGUUGGCGAUUUGCUUCGCGUGCUGCUGUGACAUGUUGAAGCUGCUCUACGACUCCAUCCAGCCCGGCCCGCUCAAGCCGCUGUGGGACGGCUUUGUGGGUCAGCUGGCCCCUUUGCUGAUCAUCGAGAGCCGCGUGCCGGUGGGCAUCCUGUCGGAGCAGACGUACCGCGUGAAGUACAUGGACUGGCAGAAGGGCGGGACGCGCUACGUGGGGGAGCAGCACUCGACGAAUGUGCGCUUCCCAUCUGCGAAAGAUCGGCGGUUGAAGAUCGAGACGUACUUGACGAGCGGGGCGGGGGUGAAGCUGGCGGUGCAGCUGCAGCCGUCCCUGUCGGCGCCACACGUUGCUGCGGCCCCCCCAGCAGCACCAGCAGCAGCGGCAGUGAGUCCACAGCCGCCGUCUGCCAUGUCUCCGACGCGCACGGUGGCAGAAGAGGCGAGGCCGCCCUUUGCGGGACGCCUGCCCGGCAGCAUCGGUGUGAAAGUUCCGCUGCCGCCCGGCGUGGUGGUGGCGCGUCCGCCGGUGAAGAUGCCAAUGAAACACUCAGCGGGGUCACACGGCCAAGUGCAGGCGAGCGCCGCUCCGCCGCUCGCUUCGACCGGUGUGAAGCAGAUGCCGCCCGAGAUGAAGCACCUCUUUUGGCUCUCGGUGCUGGCACACGUAAAAGGCGGCGAGGCCACCCGCGCCUUUCCCGAUGACCGCCUCGAGGCCCUGCCGGGGCUGCUGCGGCUGUGCGAGAUGACGGAAGAAACGGCAGAGAUGCGCAUCUUGAUGGACGUCCUGGCCGCUUCCAGCGGUGGGGUGCAGACGGCGUUUGAGCGGUUAGGCGGCCUGCUGACCUUCCGCCGCUUCGCCUCCCACUGCAUCCAUGGUGCGGAUGCGGAGGCGUUGAUGCAGUUGGUGGAGCAGCUAACGCGGUGGCGCGUGAAUGCGUGGGGCAGCACGUCUCAGCACGCCUGGCAGACGAACAUGGAUCAGAAGCGCACCCCGGAUCUGACGUGGCUGCGUACGCUGCCUCUCAUUCCGGAAGCGAAACGUGCUGCCUGGGGGGCGCUUCUGCUCGUGCUGGAGCAGCGCUUUAUCUUCCGAACUGCACGCCCGGACGAGACGGGCGGGGCCGGCUUCAAGCGACAGCGGGCGCAGAGCCAGGCGGGCGACCUGCGCGCUUUGCUGGGCGACAACGUCGACAUGCAGAAGUGGGUGGUGCCGCGUGUAAACAUUUUCUCCGCGGUGCGACUGCCGGUGGAGCUGCGCGUGCCGCCCCUGUGUUCGAAGCUAGAGGAGGAGACCGUGCACUUCCUGAACGCGAAGCGGACCUACGCCGUGGCGACGCAGCGGGAGUGGCAGGAGCGCAUCGAGAAGGCUUUGGCUGCCACCCCGCAGGGAUGCGGCGAGCUCCAAAUUCCGGUGUGGUACGAUCCGUACGAGCUGCUGAGUGUGGCGCGGCCUGACCUUGUCGAAGCGGAUGGCCCGGCGUGA